AUGAUGGAGGAAGACUGGGUCGAAUUUUACAAGCAUUUACUUCUAAAGCAAAUAGAAGAAAGCUUGUUAUUCUUGAAGAACGACCCACAAUUCAUGUCUAUUCUUGCUCCCCUCCUGAAAUUACCCGGUGACGAUCCAAUUAAAGAUGUCAAGAAAAUUCUCUUUCGUUGGACAGUCAGAUGCAUCAUAAAUAGACUUACAGACUCAAAGGAGAGACCAGAAGUUCCAUUAGAUUUCUCAGCAAGUCAUCCUGCACUUUCUGAUCCGAAUGAAUUAUCGGAACUAGUCAUGAACGAUCCCGAACAAAUACUCGACCUUGUUAAGCAUUUCCCAUUUGAGUUUUUCAAAACACUUAAAACUAUACAUACCAGAGCCAGUUUAGAAUUAUGUGAUAAAAUCUCUCAAAGUGAAAAAUUCCCGCUUCAUCUUAUCGGUCGCAUCGUCUCAUCUUUCCCAAUAUCAAUUACUCCAUUCAAUUUUCAAGCACUAUUCGAUUUAAGAUGUAAGACAGCUGUCAACAUAUCGGAAUUAUACGAAGGGUUGAUGUGCAACUUCGAAUCACAUCAACUUGAAUCUGCAGAACUACUUUCUACUGCAAUUGAUCCUUAUUUUGAAGAAGAUGCCAUUGUAUUGGCGAAUCAGUCUCAAAGAUACAAAAUGCAUUUCGUUGAUAUCGCAGGAAGAACUUGCAGUCGCGUUUUCCCUACUUUUGGCAUCGUAAAUUUCUUAAUUCAAAUUGACAAAUUAAAUACGACACAAAUGUUAAAGCAACUCAACAAAUUACCAGACCACAUUAUCACUCGUAAAGUAAAGAACCAACUUAUUCUGGCCCAAGUCCUUGGUUUAGGUGAUGAUUGGUCUCCAGUUACAGAAAACUCCAUUCCAAAGAUAAUUACGCCGGAGUGCAUCGCAGAUAAUAUACUUCCGUUUACGAGAGACUCAGAGUUCAUAAAUAUCUCGAAAGAAAGUUGGGAAACAGAUUUUGAUUUUAUUCAGAGCUAUGGAGCCAUAAAAUCAUUCCUUACAGACCAUAAGCUUGAAGACUUCCCAGAGUCUAUAGCUGUCGAUCUGUUUUCACUUCUUUUCCUUCCGAAAUUUUUGAAGAAAGUAGAAUACCAAGAUUUACUCGAUUUUCUCACAAAAUUACAGUCUAAACUACCAAGCGAUAGCGAUCUUCACAAAUACGUAUCAAUUGCAAUCAAAAAAGCUCAAGCUUCUUCGUUGAUUUUCAAAGAAUUCAAAUCUCGACUUAUGUUUUAUCCAUAUGAUACUUAUUUCAAGAAUUGCCCACCACAGAAUCUCGUCAAACUCAUGAAUAUACUCGAAUUAUAUCCUUCUACAGCUUAUUCAACAAUAUUCCGCAAAAAUUAUUUCGAUCAUGUCAAAUUACCAAAUGAUGAUUCUAAACAAUCAUCAAUAUUCCUUACACGCGAGUUCCCAAUGGAUUUGGUCGAUGAUUACACCAUUGAUAAGGCAAAAGAAGUAUCUGUCACAAUUCCAGCUGAACAACGCGAUACAGCCAUCUUAGAUCUUGCAUGCUCCCACAGACAACUCUCAAGAUGCAAUACUUUGGUAACAAAUUCAGAUUUACAAAAAUAUAUUGAAAAAAUCUUUGUAAAAGAGAAAAAGUAUCCUGAUAUUUCGGAUCUAGCUUUCACGGAGAGUCCUUCUGUACUCAAGAAGAAGAUAAAUGACUUAAUAAUGCAAUUUGAUGGAAUUUAUUCCGAACAUUUGAUGAUGUUUUCGCAUUACGUAAAGCAGUUAUUGACGACUUCAUCGAGAAUGCUUGAAGAAUCCCCUGAACAGUUCAUUUUCAGCAAAAUUAAAUCGACAAAGUCCCUCCAGAACGUUCUAAAGGUCUUUGAGAACACUGGUGUCGAAGUAGAAGAAUAUAUCUAUCAGAGUCUCAGUCCCAACGACGUUUCCAAGUCAUUCCUCAUCGAUCUUGUCAAAAACGAGCCGCUUUCUGGUCUUGUUUACAGCUACGAACGUCUUGAACCACGCGAUGUCGCACAGUUCUUCGAAAGCAAGACAAUGACAAAAUUGAAUGCUCGUUCAAAACAUUUCGAAAUAUUUGAGAGGAACGAUAAAAGUGCCAAGAAAGUUUUUGAAACUUUAGGGGAUCCAUUUGAUUACUGCGGUGAGGAAGACCUUGAGCCGCUUAUUCCUACACUUCUUGAGAAUAUAAAGAAGAUGGAUGAGAAAGAAGCAUGCUCUGUCCUUUGUGAUUUGAGUUUGAUGUAUGAUAUGGAGAAAUAUCAUCUUGAAAUACUAGAAAUCACUAAGAAAUUCAAGAAUGAGAACAGAAUACCACUCUAUGAGACAUUAUUGGCCCUAUUUCCGCCAACAUCAAACACAAAUAUUUUAUUCUAUAAGAGAUUUCCGAACAAAGAGUGGCAAGAGAUGCUUGAUAUCUCAUACGACUCAGAUAGAAUCCUUGAAAGCCCAGACAAAGUAUAUAAUAAAUGUCUUUCGCAUCUUAGCAAAUACAACGUCGAAACAACGAAGAUUAACAACAUCAUGAGAUUCAGCCAACUUUUGUUGAUCAUCAGAGCUAAGAAUAUCUUCAAUUCCCGAGAAAAAGAAAAAGAAUGGAUAUUAAAGAUGAAUCCAUCAUGCAAGAACCUUUCAGACUUCAUUACUGGCCUUAAUGAUGACGUCUUGAUGUCAAUGAUCGUUUCAAUUGCAACAAUGACUGAUCCCCACGCCGUAUUAGAUAUUUCCAAGAACUACAAGCAAGAAGAUCUCUUUGCUAAAUGCAAACCAUACGCAUUAUCCAAUAGCAAGAUCCUGGAUCUCCUUAACGACGAAAUGACAGAUGAAAUGAUUUCAAGUAUCCUCAAAGAUUUCACGAUUAAUUCAUUGGAAUCGGAAUCAAAGAUGAUAUUAGAUCUCAGAAAACUCCAAAAGAUGGCAAAAGAAAAUUUCAAAUCGAGGAACUUCCUUUUGUCACUUUUGGGAUUAGCCGAAAAUGGAUUAUUCGCAAAAUACAAUCAGUCGUACAAAUCAGACAAUCUCCAAGAACUAUGUGAGUUUGCCAACAAAUACGACUUCUUUGACGCGAUAAAUUCAUUUUAUGAAUACGGAAUUGACAUUGACAAGACGAAUAUCAACAAGAUGAUGUCAUUACUCGGUGUAUCUCCUUCCGGUGAUGGAGAAGACACUAAAUGUCUCUUCGAAUCGCCAACAAUUAAAUUUAAUUUGUUUGACGACAUCUACCAGCUUCCGAACGACGUUUCUUCAUAUCCUAGCCUCAUGAGAAUCGAUUGCCAACAAGGAAAACUCAAACUUUUCAAGAGGAAACCAAAUCAUAUCUCAAUCAAGAAACCAAAGACCUCAGAUUUACCUUUCUUAGACAUUUCCAACGCUUCCAACCAAGUUAAAUUGAUUUCCAACAAGUUUGAGCUACUUUCUUUCGAUGAUACAGAUAAAUAUUCCGAAAACAUCGAUUACCAAGGCAAAGACGUCAAAGAAGCAGUUACAGAGAUGAUCAGCUACUAUCCGUUACACAAGUUGUUCGAUUCCGCAUUGAACAACGUUGAUUAUAACUUCUUGAAAGAAUUAUUAGUCAUAUUUGACUCCAAUUCCUGCAUCCACUGUCUUCUCAUACUCUCCUCAUGGGCAUUAGACCGCAGCUGCUCAUUAGAUUUCUUCGCAGGCGAAAGAAACCUCUCAAAACAAGAAUUGUCAGAUUUUGUCACUUCACUUAAAACCGCUUUGACAUCCAUGACAUUAUUAUCAUCCACAGUUGACAGUUCUGUUCUUCUUCCACCGGGAAGUGUCCUGCAUUUCGACCAGAAGUCAUUGAACGAUGUUUCCGUGAUUUUGGAGUAUCAAAGACAAGUUGGACGAAAUGUUCAAUUGGUUUCAUCUGCGGAUAAAGGAAAAGCGUGCGUAACGUUGCUGAAAAACAACGAGUACUCGAGAGCAUUCGCUAUGAUCAAAGCUCUAGGAGUAGAUACAACAGACGUGAUGAUUGAAGCUGCAGCACAUUUCGGUCAGUUGUCGAAUACAGAACUCGGAAACUUUUUGGUAAAUGUCGUACCAAGAUUGGACGUAGAGUCGGCCAAUCAGUUGACAGAGACACUCGCGAGUAUCCUCGUUGGUAAUAAGUUCGAGGACUCGUUUAUCGGAACAAUUAUUGCUGGAAUUGAUCAGCCAAGGAACGCAUUCAAAAUAUUGAAAUGGUUUGGAUUGAAUGAAACUGCCGCAUUUGUUGCUUUGCAGAACGGACUGAGAGAGGAAAUAGAGCAGUGCAAGAAGGACAUAAGGAUGAAGAAGAACGCUGCAAUCCUUAGAGCUUGCGCUUGCUGGGUAUCAAAGGAUACUCAUCAAAGAUCUUGUUAA